AUGGCGACAGUGGUGCUCCGUCGGUACCGACGGGAGGACGUGUGGCGGCCGUCGGCGGCGGCGCGGAGGGGCGCGAUGGAGGCGGCGCGUCGACUGGUGGUCGGCGGCCUGCUGGGACUGCUCACAGCAGCGCUGAUCGCCGCAGAUGCGCCGUUCGAGGGGCCCCGUUUUACCGUGGAGCCGCCGGGGGUUGUGCAGUUUACCAACACAUCCGGCGUUCGGCUGGACUGUGUGGCUCGCGGACCGCCUCCUCUCCAGGUGUACUGGACUCUGGACUCGGGAGAUCCCGUCUCCUACGUGGCUGGAGUCAGGGAGUCACUGGCCAACGGAAGUCUCUACUUCCACCCGUUUCCGGCGCGUCUGUUCCGGCUGGACGUGCACGGAGGUCGGUACCGCUGCGUGGUGACCGGCCCGGCCGGGCGGCUCCUCAGCAGGACGGUCCGACUCAGACCAGUGGUACUCCAAGACUACGAGAUCACGGCCGCCGACGUGCGCACACCGCUCGGUCAGACAACGGUGCUGACGUGCCACGUGCCGGCGCACGUGCGGGCCGUGGUCAAGGUCACCUCGUGGGCCGUGGACAGCUCACUCAAUGUCUACCCGACUCUGUUUGGAGAUGAAAAGCAUCACAUGCUGCCGUCGGGCGAGCUGUUGGUGCGUGACGUCACGACUGAUGACGUCACUCGCCGCUACACGUGUCGGACGGUGCAUACACUAACUGACGGUCACGUGAUCAGCCGACAGCCGGCACGCAUCAUCGAGCAAGAGCCGCUCUCUGUGUCGACCCGGCCGCGGAUCGUGGCCUCAUCGCCGGCCCAGCAGGUUCGCCAGGGCGAGGAGACGGUUCUGUUCUGCGUGGUCCACUCGGCAGAGCCGCGGCCGGCAGUCAGGUGGACUCGGGCCGGACAGGACGCCGGCGGUGCAUCGUCAGCAGCUGCUGAACAGGGCGCUUCCGCUCACGGCGAGCUGCUGGUGCUGCGAUCAGCUCUGCCCGAACACAGUGGCCGCUACAGCUGUCUGGUUCAGACGGACGCCGGGCACGACACAGCUGAUGUAUACCUGCAGGUGCUGGUGUCGCUCUCAGUCAGUGUGACCCCGGCCCGUCAAACGGUCCACCGAGGGGAGACCUUUAGGCUGAGGUGCACCGCACCGCGUCCGGCCUCCCUACACUGGCUGCGAGACGGGACUCCGGUGGAUGGAGGGCACCAGUUGAGCGUCACUGAAGCGGUGAGCAAUGGCCACGUGAUGUCUCAGCUGGAGGGUAAAGAUAUGAAGCUCUCCGACCAGGGCAUGUACCAGUGUUUCGCCUCCAGUCAGGUGGACUCAGUGCAGGCCUCGGCACAGCUACUGCUGGGAGACUCCCACCCGGUGUUGCUGGACCGCUUCAUCAACCACACGGUCCAGCCGUUCUCCGCUGUGUCGCUGAAGUGCGUCGCCAAUGCGUCACCAACGCCGCAGAUUCGCUGGCGGCUUGACGGCUACCCGCUCCUGCCUGAUCACAGGCGUCUGAUCGGUCAGUACGUCACUACGAAUAAUGACGUCAUCAGUCACGUGAACAUCAGUUCGGUGCAGCCGCUGGACGGCGGCUGGGUCACGUGCUCAGCUACCAAUCGGUUCGGAACCAUCAGCCACACUGCUCGGCUCAACGUCUACGGUGACCCUCUGGUCCGCGAGAUGCCCGAGCGGACAGCCGUGGAGGGAGAUGCCAUCUACAUCACCUGUUCAGUGGGCGGCUACCCGAUCCACCAGGUCACCUGGACACGCGGCGGUCAGACGCUACCCGCCGACCGGCAUCAGACCGUCUUUCCCAACGGCACUCUUCUUAUCAGUCCCGUGCAGCGGGAACAGAACGGCACCUCGUACCGGUGUACGGCGUACGGCGACCGGCAGCGGACCGCCUCUGGAGAGGUCCGACUCAGAGUCAUGGUGCCGCCGGCGAUCCGGGCGUUCAUGGUCGGUAACUACUCGGAGGGGGAGCGCGUGCACGUGCUGUGUUUCGUGCAGAGCGGCGACACGCCCCUGACGCUGAGCUGGCUGAGGAACGGCCGGCCACUCUCCGACCCGGAGGUGGAGGUCCGCGCCACGGACCGCUACAGCAGCAGUCUGUUCAUUGAGCGGGUGGCCGUCCGACACGCCGGAAAUUAUACCUGCCGAGCGGAGAACGCAGCGCGUGCCUCCACCUACACGGCCCAGCUGCGGGUCAACGUUCCUCCGCAGUGGACGGAGAAGCCCAAGGACGUGGCUGGCUCUCUAGGAACCACGGUCUUCAUGCCCUGCUCUGCGGCGGGAUUUCCAACACCCGAGAUCAAGUGGAAGAAAAAAGAUGUGGGCGGGUUCGAGCUGCCGGCGUCCGCUGUCUCCGGCGUGAAGCUGCUCCCCAACGGGACGCUCUCCAUUGCCGAAAUAUCGUCUGAACACGAGGGCGCUUACCUAUGUGAGGCCAGCAACGGUAUCGGAGUAGGCCUCAGCGCGCUGGCCCGGCUGGAUGUGUUUGAGCUGCCGUCUUUCGCCAAGUCGUCUCAGCAGUACAGAAUCCGAGAAGGUCAGAAUCAGACGAUUACCUGUGACCCGUCUGGCGACGAACCAAUCACGCUACAGUGGUUUCGCCAGGAUCAGCUGAUCGAGUCGAGCGAAAGACUGAAGAUCCGCCAAUGGACCUCUGGCCGGAACGCCUCCCGCUCGGAGCUGCAGCUGGUGCGGGCUGUCCCGCCCGACUCUGGCCUGUUCAGCUGCCUGGCCCGGAACCGGCACGGCAGCGCGCGACUCUCGGUCACACUGGAGGUGGAAGACAUCCCGCUGCCGCCCAGUGACCUGAGGGUGACCGAGGUCAGCAGCAGGUCAGUGACCUUGGAGUGGCGUCAGCCGGACCCGGCCAACAGGCAUGCCACUGGCUACCUGCUGCAGUACACCCGGCAAAACGAGGGCUGGGACUCGUCCCAGUCGACGCCGCUGCCUCCCGGCCGACUGCAGCUGACCGGCCUCCGACCCGACACUGGCUACCUGCUGCGGGCGCGGACCCUGACCGCCCUGGGGCCCGGCCCGCCCAGCCGACCCCUGGCCCUGCGCACUGACGAGGAGGCACCGUCGCGACCGCCGCAGGCGCUCACGGCCGUGGCCCUGACCUCGACUCAGGUCAAGGUCAGCUGGCGGCCGCCGCCGGCUGAUACCCACCACGGCGUGCUGCUGGGCUACCGAGUCCUGUUCAGGCGGGUAUCGGCCGGUGGCGGCUCGGACCCACCCUCCGCCGAGACGUCCCUCACGUCCGAGGAACGCUCCUCGGUGCACAACGUCACGUCCACGUCCGCCACUCUGUCCGGUCUGACGCCUCACACCUGGUACCGAGUCACAGUGCAGGCAUACAAUGGUCGCGGCUUCAGCCCGCGGGCGGCGGCGGCUCGCACCCGCACACUGGAAGACGUGCCGUCCGCUCCACCGGGCAGGGUGAGCUGUACCGGGGCCGGGCCGGGUCUCCUGAGGAUCACCUGGGUACCGCCGCCUGCCAGUGAUCUGAACGGGAGACUCACCGGAUACCGGGUCAUCACGGAGGCCGUGGAGGAGGAAGACGGUGAAUUAUUUUACUCGUCGUUUGACGUGGCCGACGAGUCCUGCUCGGUGGAGGGCCUGCGUCCCAACAGUAAUUACUCAGUGAGGGUAGCGGCGGCCACCGGCGUCGGCGCCGGCACUCUCAGCCAGCCCGUCUUCUGCUCCACGCUCGAGGACGUCCCAGAGGAGCCGGCCGCAGUCGGGGUAGUGGUGACGUCCUCGUCCACCGCUCUGGUCAGCUGGCUCCCUCCUCGCCGGCCGAAUGGCGUCAUCACUUCCUACAACAUCUACAUCAGGACUGUGACGUUCUCGGAUGAGACCAGUGAGGAGCGCCGGACGGUGGCGCCGCCCACCGGUCGUCUGGCACUGCAGGCUCUCUCAGAGCGCAGCGAGUACUCUGUACGGGUGGCGGCCCGCACGGCGGCCGGCGAGGGCCAGCGCUCGCGGCCCGUCCGCUUCACCACCAAACAGAAUGUAUCGGCGCAGAUCAUCCCGCUGAGUCGCCCGGUGGCAGUGGUGGCCGGCGCCGAGCUGACCCUCUCCUGCAGUCACGUGGGCCAGCCGGCGCCCCGGCUCAGCUGGACCUGGAACGGACAGCCGCUCAGCAACUCACCCAGACACAGUCAGUCGGGUGACGGUGAUCUGGUGGUGACGGCUGUAACGGCCCGUGACGCCGGUAACUACACCUGCCACGUCUCCAACGCCUACGGCUCCGACCGCGUCACAUACAGCGUGACAAUACUCGACGUGCCUCCGCCGCCGGUGCUGCGGGUGACUGAGGCAGCCAGCCACUCGGUGACCGUUCGCUGGUCCUCGGGAGACGCGGCCGGCCUGGCAAUCCGCCGGUAUCGUCUCCAGUUCUGGCCGGCGGCGGAGACAAACUCGGAGCCGCCGGCUGAGGUGGUCCUGGAGCGACUGGUGCGCGAGCAUCGGCUGGGCGGCCUGCUCUGUGGCACCGUCUACCGCCUCCAGCUGCGGGCGGUCAACAGGUUGGGUGCCAGUGAGCCGAGUAGGACUGUGGAGGUGCGCACCUCGGGCCGUCCUCCGGUGCUCACCAACGCCGCUCACCUUCUCACCGCUAAUGGCUCAGGGAUUACCGUUCGACUGCACCUGUGGAGCGACCAGGGCUGUCCGGUCACCAGAUUCACCGUCCGCUGGAGACCCGCGCACGGGUCAGAUUCAGCGAGCGUGGAGCUGGCUGGUAACACCCACCAGUACGUCAUCCGGCGUCCGAUGCCGCCGGCCGACUACGUCAUCAACGUCACGGCUGUCAGCCCGGCCGGCGCCGCCUCCCACACUGCCGUCAUCAGGACGGCCGGCGGCGCAGACGUCAGCGCGGCGUCGGGCACAGCCGACGUGCGUGCCGCCCAGCCGUCUGUGGGCCUGCGUGUGGUGGUCCCUGUGCUGGCGGGGCUGGUCAGCCUGGCCAUGGUCGCCUCCGCCGGCUACCUCUGCGUCAGAAGACGUCGGAGCAAGGUCCCUCUGUAUCUGUCAGAGCCUCCUAGUUAUGACGGUCGAAGCAGCGAAUACAGCAAGGCCGCGGACGCGCCGCUGUCACUACAGUCCGUCCCGCCAGAACAACUGCACGCCAGUCCAGGCGGUGGAGCCACGGACGUAUGUCCGUACGCCACAUUCUACCCCUCCGUGGGUCCGGAGCGAACCACGCUCGGUGGAACUGGCCACUACGCUGCUCUGCUGCCUCUGGGGGCGGCGGCCGGUCGGAGGGACCAGGAGGGGCGCUACACCGACCCUCACCACCUCAACACGCUACCCCGGGAGGUAAAGUUUCAGCGUGGCCGCAGUUUGCCGGCCAGUGACGAGUACGACUCUCUGGAGGAGCUGGCGUCGGACUCUGCCAGUGAGCCGGGCCCGGUUCGGGCGUCGGCGGCGCGGCGAGGUCAACACUCGCUCCCCAGAGACGUUUCUCGACACGCCGAGUCUUCCAGUUCGUCCUGCCAGCUCUCUCCCGACCUUCGGGCAAGGUCGUUCUCCGCCAAACGCACCAAGCGAAAGAGACGCAGGGCGCGCACCCCGGUGCUGGUGCCACCCUCCGCCGAGUACCUGGCCCGCGUCUGCCCGCCGCCCCCGCCUCCACCGCCGCCAGUCUCAGAGGCAGACAGCCGGCUGCUGCACCAGCUAAAGCUGCAGCAGGAGCUGUCGCAGCUGCGGCCCGGACCGCCCACCGACUGCGAGCUGGAGCUCCGCGCGCUGGCCCACCGCCUCGGAGGCCGGCAGGACUUCAGCAUCAACGUGUGAGCGCGCGGCCGGCGGGACGGCAGGGGGGAGCUGUAGCGCCGCUCCGCCGCAGGUGAUUCCAGUUCGGGUUACGAGGGAACACUGAGCUCGGAUGAGCUCCACUCAGGCUUCCGAAAACUGUGGUGUCUGUGUAUAUGCGCUUUAUAAACGCACAUUUCAUAUAGCACUCCGUGGUAAAGCUACUAUGGUCGAUGUGUGGUUUUGUUUUUAUUUAUUGCGUUUAUAUUUGUGUUUCUUCUCUAUCGAGUGAUGCUGUGAAUGUUGAGAGCUGAGGGGAUGUAAUGCGAAAUAUAUCUGGGCGGAUAUCUGGUGCCCAUUUCAAUGAUGUGACUCAAUGUGUGAAUGUCGUGUUCGCAAUCGAGCUUAUGUGCGUCACCAAAGACCUAGUAUCCAGUGAAGGACUUUUUUACUGCCUCCUGUAUUGAAUUAGAGGUUUCAGACUGAAUGGCGUCGUUAACUGUACGCCUGACGGCACUCAAAACUCGCGGUGCUUCGGAACGCUCUGACAUGCUGCGAGUUUGCUGCGAGUGAACGCCCGAUUUAAUCGUUUGACAUGAAACGAGACGAAUUAAUAAAACAUGCCAGUGUGGUAUACCGCGCUGCAUAUGUCUCGCCCAUAACCUAGUCAACAAGGCGUGUUAUAUAUGUGGAGAAAUGAGUAUUCCAGGCUGGCUUGGCAAUAAAGGUGACGUUUUAUUGUGCUUCUACAUAGGGUCACCAUGCUGUGUGCUGUCCCGGAGCUUUUACCAGAGCUUGUGGUAUGACUUGGAUAUGGCUGUGCUUGUGUGUGCGUUUGUUCGAACGUGUGAUGGGUGCUUAGCGUGUGCGUGCAUAUGUUUGUACCUGUGUGAGCUCUUCCUAGCUGCUUCGGGUACCAAUCCCCAGCAUUGCGGAUGAUAUGUCUAUGAUAAUACAUGAUAAUUAUGUCCUAACUGUA